AGAGACAUAUAAAAUACCUAAAUUACCUAAAGCUCCGAAUAAUCCGCAUCUAUCAAAUCCCGGAUCUGUCGACCUAAUCCCGGAUCGUUCCAUAGUGUCGGUUGACUAAUAACGAAUAUAGUUGACUGGCUUUCGCCAAUCACUUCGCGAGAGUAUAUUUAGGGAUAUCGUGAAGACGUCUUAGUCCCUGACGGAACGAAUAUGGUGACCGUCGGUGUCCUUGCUCUCCAAGGGGGCUUCUCGGAACAUCUCAGCUCCCUUCGUAAAGCAGCCACACACAUCACAACUCCGUCGUCGAACUUCAACUUCAUCGAGGUCCGGACGCCAGAACAGUUGGCCACAUGUGAUGCUCUAAUUAUACCCGGAGGAGAGAGCACCACGCUAUCUCUCGUAGCCGCACAGUCUGGGCUGCUGGAACCGUUACGCGAGUUUGUCAAAGUAAACAAGAAGCCAACUUGGGGCACUUGUGCUGGUCUUAUUUUCCUGUCUGAACAAGCGAGUGCCGCUAAAAGAGGCGGGCAGGAAUUGAUCGGAGGACUCAAUGUCAAAGUCCAUCGCAAUCAUUUUGGCCGUCAAAAAGAAAGCUUCGUGACGGAUCUAGACUUGCCCUUCUUAUCUCAGGGAAGCGACGGAGUUAAGGCUGCUCCUUUCCCCGCCGUGUUUAUUCGAGCUCCUGUUGUAGAUCAAGUAUUAACAGGCGACAUUACGUCAAUCGACGACAAGGCGGAGAAUAUAGCGCCAGAGGUCGCGACGCAGAAUUCUGGAAACAAAGCUCAAGCUCUCAGAGGAAAGGUUGAGAUCUUAGCUACUCUUCCCGGACGUCACGCCUCCAAUAAAGCUGCGGCGGCGUCGAUUGAGGGUACUGAUACUCAAGCAGUGACACCUAAAGGAGCAGGAGAUAUCGUCGCGUUAAGACAGGAGAACGUAUUUGGAACGAGUUUCCACCCGGAGCUAACGGAUGAUAUUCGAAUUCACGUUUGGUGGUUAGAGCAGAUUGCGAGGUUGCACGUAUAAACGAAAGAAUUAGACUUGGAGAUAUUCAUGAAACCGGGAAUUAAUAUUGAUGGAGUGGUGGGAACAGGUAGUACAGUGUUGUACGCGUAUAUGUAAUUUCAACAUCGGCUUUCUCCAUCAAUUACCGUCUCCCAUCCUAGUAAAUCCGGAGACUCCCGAGAUGCCUUAGGAUAGAUAAGGCGCAUAGAAUAAGCUAGUUGAAAAUGUGAUGUGUCUAACUUUGCGGGGUACAUCGG